UUAGAGCCACCCCAUCACUGGCAACAAAAUCCUCCCAGCUGCGCUUCUCUCCUCUCCUCUCCUCUUCUCUUCUCACAUCCUCUUCCUCUUCCUCGGUCAAACCGUCUUUCUCUCCCCUAUCGCGAGGAGAGAGAAAGAGAUAGAGAGAGAGAAAGCGGAGUAGAGGAGCAGAGUGUACUAUUUCCCGUCCCCUCAAAGAUCAAUUUUUUUUUCUUUCCUCUCCCCGUUUCGUCUCCUCCUGCGCCGAUCUUCGGCGAGCAGCGGGGCGCCGCCGUCGCGCUGUCUCCGCUGCGUCCUCACCGUUAUAAACGGAUUGCUCUGCCGCAUGGCCGGCACCAGCGACCAUGGAUCCCUCAUGGAGGACUGGAUGCCACCACCCACACCUAGCCCCAGAACGAUCAUGUCAAGCUUCUUGAAUGAUGAUUUUGUCUCUGGUUCAUUUGGAAAUUUUUUCAGUGAACAUGAGAGCAACAAGCCCCAGGAUCAGUUCGAAAGAGGCAGAGAACUUGUGGGUUUGAGUAAGGAAGUGUCCUCUCAAUCUGCCAGGCCCACAUUCCAAAAGGAUGCUUCCCUGGAGCCAAGUUUGCUCAAUCCUACACAGAGAUCAAACUCGCAUGGUGGUUUGGCAGAGCGCAGGGCUGCGAGGGCUGGUUUCAGUGUUCCAAAAAUCGAUACAUCUCGUGCUGGUUCAUCCACAGUAGUUCGAUCACCUGUGGCGAUUCCGCCCGGUCUUAGUCCAACAACACUUCUUGAGUCACCUGUUUUUCUUUACAAUGCAAUGGCGCAACCUUCUCCAACCACUGGCAAACUGCCAUUUUUGAUGGGUACAAAUGCUAAGUCAACAAUACCACCAACUACCAAGAUGGAUGAAGAUUGUGCAUUUGGCAAUGACACUUUCUCCUUCCAACCCCAUGUAGGGUCGAGACUGCCAAAUUUCGCUGCUGCAGAAAAGCAGGAAUCCAGUCUUCAGUCAAGCUUUACUGCAGUCAAAGAUACCAGUGAUGAAAAAAUUGUUAAGACAAAGAUAUCUGACUCCAAGUUUGGUGAUAACCACUCCUUUUCUGAUGAACAAGAAGAUGAUGAGACGAACCAAAAUGGAGAAUUCUCUUCUGCUGCUAUGUGCUCCCCAGCUGAGGAUGGAUAUAGCUGGAGAAAAUAUGGACAGAAGCAAGUUAAGAACAAUGAGAAUCCCAGGAGCUACUACAAAUGCACACAGACAGCUUGCACUGUCAGGAAAAAAGUGGAGUAUGCUCAAGAUGGUCAGAUAACACAGAUAAUCUACAAGGGUGCGCACAAUCACCCUAUGCCACCUCCAAACCACCGUUCAGGUGUUCCUCUGUCACAUACCAAUGAUCUAGAGGUGAAUGUCCUAGAUAAUCGCGGUCCACAGGCAGGCCUUAACUCUGCAUCACUGUGGAAUAAUUCCAAAAAUGAUAGUCUUCAAGAUGUUCAAAGUGAAGUAAUUGAAACAACAACAGCUGCUUGUCGUCCACAAUCAUCCAAUUGUGAUACAUCUAUCAUGGAGUCCCAAGAUGCAGUUGAUGUCUCGUCAACACUGUCUAAUGAGGAUGAUAGGGCAACACAUGGCACAGCUUCUAUAGAGUGCAGCGGGGAUGGAGAUGAGACUGAUUCUAAGAGAAGGAAGUUGGAUGCUUUGACAGCUGCAACUGCUGCUAUUACCACUACCAGUAACAUUGACAUGGGAGUUGCGGCAUCAAGAGGUGUCAGGGAGCCUCGUGUUGUUGUUCAGACAACAAGUGAGGUUGACAUCCUUGAUGAUGGUUACCGCUGGCGCAAGUACGGACAGAAGGUUGUUAAAGGAAAUCCAAAUCCAAGGAGCUACUACAAAUGUACACACCAAGGUUGUUCGGUGCGCAAGCACGUGGAGAGAGCAUCACAUGAUCUAAAAUCCGUCAUCACGACGUAUGAGGGGAAGCACAACCAUGAAGUUCCAGCUGCCAGAAAUAGUGGACAUGGCAGCUCUGGUUCUGGAAGUGCUCCAUCCGCACCGCAGGUUAAUAGCUCUCAACGUAGGCAAGAACCGGCACAAGCCAGCUUUGGUCAGUUUGGUGGCACGGCUCCUUUCAGCUCCUUCGUUCUCCCACCAAGAAACCAGUUUGGACCGGCAGCAAGCAACUUUGCCUUUGGGAUGGUCCCGCCAGGCAUGGCGAUUCCGAUGCCCCCUCUAGGGCCUCUUGCUCCAACGAAGAUGGUUGGUCAUCCAUCUACAAUGCAGGGUUUCCAGGGGCUCAUGAUGCCAGAAGGAGAGAUGAAGACGGAGCCCAUGUUGCGGCCCAGCUUCCCAGCAGUAAAUCAAUCUUCAUCAUCCUUCCAACAGAUGAUGAACAGGCCUCCAUUUGGUCCUCAGAUGUAAAUAAUA